AUGAAUUUAAUUCUUGGAGAUAAAUGGUGUCGAAACUGUGAAGCAUCAAUAAAUCAAAUAGUCGAACCAUAUUUAGAUAAAUCAGAACCUAUGGAAAUUGGAGAUGUCCAUGAAGAUCAGAAUAUUGCAAGAGGUGACAGUGCUACUUUAUCACGAGGCAAUUCAUUAUUUGAAAGUUUCACCUCACAACCAUGUUCAUCUGGAUCUUAUUAUCAAUCUAAUUCGCAAACUGUUAAUUCAAUUAACACAGAAGAAGUUUUGCUAGAAGUUUUAGAUAAACUCACCCAAAAAAUAAAUAACGCCUAUGAUUUAAAUAUUUCUAGUUUUAGUAGUCAAAUAACACACAAUUUGAUAGAAGAUAGUAACACGCUCAAAGACAUUAUAUUAUCUCUGCAAAAUCAAUUUCAGCAAGUAAAAACUGUUUCUGAAAAGAUUCAAGUAUUAACAGUUUUACCACUAUCUUGGCAAUUUAAACAAGUUCAACAAUACUUUAAUUGUUCUGAUUACAUGUUUAGAGAAUUCAAAAAGUCCAAAGUACAAAACGGAUUAUUAACAAUGAGGAAGAGAAAAAAGUUUUGGAAAGUUACAGAUGAAAUGAGAGAAAUCAUAAAAAAUUAUUAUUUAGACGAAAAAAAUUGUUAUAUUUGUCCCGGUAUAAAGCAAUACAAAAAAAAAGUGGAAGUGGUUCCGAUUCAGGAGAAUUGGUGCAAAAAAAUGUUAUUGUAUACGCUUAGAGAUUUAUACAGCAAUUUUAUUGAGGAUCAUUCAGAAUACGAUAGUUUACCAAAAUUUUCUUUCUUUGCCUCAUUGAAACCAGAAGAAUGUGUUUUUGCUGGUGAUCCAGGAACUCAUGAAAUUUGUGUCUGUUCAGAACAUGAAAAUGUCAAGUUAAAGAUAUCUGCAUUGAAAACUGACUUAAAAUAUAGAGAUUUAUUUACAGUCGCAGUUUGUAACGUUGAUAAUGCUGAUUGUAUGCUACAUAGAUGUCAUAAAUGUCCUGGAGUAGCAGAUUCACAGAAAAAUUAUUUAUACGAUUGCAAAAAUAAAUUAGAGCCAGAUACUUGCAUUAUUACCAUGGAUUUUGCUGAAAACUAUUCUUUUAUUAUACAAAGAUCUAUUCAAUCAUUUUACUACAAUAACACACAAGCAACACUUCAUCCUUUCUGCAUUUACUACAAAGAUCCUCAGGCAACUGAUAAAGAAAAGCUCCAACAGAUGAGUUUCUGUGUGAUAAGUGAUACGACUGAUCAUGUAGCUUACACUGUACAUGCUUUUCAAGAAAAACUCAUGAAAAUAAUAAAAGAGGAAUAUCCAUGGAUAAAAAUGUUAUCUACUUUUCGGACGGCGCACCUACAAAAUAUAAAAAUAAGAACAAUCUAGCAAAUGUUUGUUGUCAUGAACAAGACUUCGGCAUUAAAGUUACGUCUUAUAAUUUUUUUGCCACUAGUCAUGGAAAAAG